AUGCUCCAUCAGCGUUUAGAAAUCGAUUUAAUCGACCCCCCUUCUAACAUUAUGUUUGCAAUAUGGGAGAUUGGAAGAAAGGAAUUUGAGAGGAUUGAAAAUAAGGAUGGAAGUAAAACAAAACCAAGAACAAGGAAAUCAAACAUCCCGCUGCUUGCUGCCACCUCCACGUCAUCCUCUCAAUCGAGCACGCUGCCCCCCUCGUCGUCCUCUCUAACAAACCUAGCCAAGCCAACACCCCCUCUUACUGUCUUUUCUGACAAACCCAAAGGCCACCAGACCCACCUGAACCCAGCCACGCCGUCCCUUACCUGCACAGACCCUUCAGUUGCCCCCAUCGCCACCCUCUUUCACAAACCCAAUUGA